AUGUCGACGACAACGUCGGAAACAUCUCAGUCACAUGAUAAUGUGAGCGAGACGACGUGUACAUCGAGCUCUGCAUCUGAUGACGCUGGUCCGGUCGUUGAAGCGCCAAUCGAUGGACUAUCUGCGUUGACGAUGUCAGAGAAGAGCGAAACAGAAUCGUCUGAGGUGGAGGUUCGAUGCAAUGGCAUCAACGGCAACGCAAAACGAGAUGAAUCCAUAGAAACAUCGGAAUUAAGCGAAAAACCGGCUACUCUAGCAGCCAUAGUUGCCGGAAAGGUGAAUCGUCUCAAAUCCCAUGAAAGCGCCGACGAACUGGACAAGAAAAAUGGGAACAUGAAAGGUCGUACCCCGUCUCCAAGUGAAAACAAAACCCCACCGAUCAAUGCCUCGGCCACCCGACACAAUGGAAAUGUAGGCCCCACCGGGAUGCCACCUCCGUCCCAGUGCCGUGUAUUCCAUAACCAGCAGUACUACCAGAAACAGGAGCAACGGGCCGGGUCAGCAUCGUCGCGCGACGGUCGCGGUGCGGGCAACGCAGCACGACCGCUCGCUGCCGGUGGCAAUGGAGCGCCACGCACAAGUCGAAAGCCGGCUCAGCAGUUUCAGCAGGCGUCGCCUCCCACAAUAAAUGGUCAGUCAACGCAGUCGCGCACAUCGAGGAGUGGUGGUCCUGUUCGGAAGAGCUACUCUGGGGUGUACUACAAACGAAGCUCGGGACCUGGUGCUACACGUCGUGACACAACCCCACGUCUAGCAUCUGAUGACGGUGGUGAGUCCAGUGAACGCGAUUCUGUGAAGAAUGAUGGAUAUCAGACGGUUCGCGCUAGAAAUCGACAGCGUCAUAAGUGA